AUGAAGAAUCUGCCCAAGCAAAUGCGAGACGUGCUUCAACUCGCAGCAUGUUUAGGUGCAAGCUUUCAAGAAGAAGUCUUGUCCAAGGUUGUCACCGAUUACUUUGCAAGCCAAGAAGGCGCUCCCAAGUCCAGCCAGCUAUCGAAAUGGUUGACGAAGGCUAUUGAGGCGUGGUUCAUCAAAAUUGACAACGCUGGAUAUCGCUGGGUUCACGAUGGAGUCCAAGAAGCAGCUCUUUGUAUCGCCGGUGCCACUGGACUCACUAAGACGCGCUUCCAAGUGGGUAAGAUCUUGCUUCGUCGACUUUCAAAACAAGAAAUGGACCAGUCUCUGUUUGUUGUGGUUAAUCUACUGAAUGUCGGGAUCGGAACAGAAGUGUCGUCCGGGUCUGCUGUCACCUUUGCUGAGCUGAACCUACGGGCAGCACAGCGAGCUAUGAGACUAUCAGGGUUUGAGAUUGCAGCUAGCUACUCUGACGUUGCCAUUAGUCUUCUUCCCGAAGGGCAUUGGCAGCCGCAAUACAAGUUGUCCACGAAGCUCCACACUUUAGCAAUUCAGGCACAUGGAGUCCUCGGAAAUGUUGAAACGAUGCAAUCUUUGUACGACGAAGUGCUGGGACAACCAGAUAUUCCGCUCAAGGAUAGGCUCCCGUUGUACUCUGCAAUGCUUGAGUCUCUUUCUGGCCGGGAUCCACUGGCCGCAAAAGAGCUAGCGAACGAAGUGUUGGAGCAAUUGAAUCACCCUCUGAUGAAAACUAGGAGAAAGCUGUCUGUCUUCAAUUGCUUCAGCGUCAUCAAAGCGUACGACAGGAACUUGAAUCCAGAUAUGGUGUCCACGCUUCCAACCAUGAUAGAUGAAAAUGCAAUAGCAGCAAUGAAAAUCCUGUCAUCAUUGCUGAUUUUGACCUACAUGACGAACAAAACAGAGCUUCCAGCCGUCACUUCGAAGAUGGCGUCUCUAGUAAAUACCUUUGGAGUAUGCGAUGAGGCUGCCAACGCCUAUUGCUAUCGAGGCUCAUUCGCAACCAAUGCUAAGUUUGCCAAACGAAUCAUGGAUCGCUCAAAGGAUCGCUACUCAAAGGCAGCCUCGAAGAUGUACAUAUACUGCCUGAUGAGUCACACCCGUGAUAUCCAAUGGGUCCAGAAGGCGUACGAGGAGAACUAUCACUACAGUUUACAGGUCGGGGAUGUCCAAAUGGCGUUGUAUUGCUUCAUGCACGUGCUAGAUUACGCUCUUGUCACGGGACAUUCCCUCGAGUCCACUGCAGCCGAGGCCCGACACACCAUUCGAAGCCUCCAGCUGAUGAAUCGUGGAUGGCAGAUUGACCUCAUGAGGAUUUUGUGGCAAGGAGUAUUGAACAUGCAGGGACAAUCCGAAGACCCUUUUGUGCUAAAGGGUGAAGCCAUGGACGAGACAGCCAUGGCUCCAGCGUCACCUGGUACAUUGGACGGUGCCUUGCGAAUUGGGUUCAAAGCCAUCAUCUUUGCGUUCUGUGGCAAUCACCAAGCAAAUGCUGAUGAACAUAUGGACCAUAUCCAAGCUGCCGCAAUUCAACUUGCAGGGAACGGAACUGGAUUUUGGUAUGAGAUCUAUACUGCUAUCUCUUGUUUGCAUUGCGCCCGAUCUGCUUCGGGAGGUCAAUUUCAAAAAUAUAAACGGUUCUGUUUAAAGGAUGUGCAUUGA